CCGUCGCGGGCACACGAGAACGGUUGUAAUGGUGGGAGGUGGAUUCGUCGCGGCGGAGGGCGGCCAGGUGCGCGACUACAGCGGCGGCGUGACGUUCUCCGUCGCGGUCACCUGCCUGAUGGCCGCCUCCUGCGGCCUCAUCUUCGGCUACGACAUUGGCGUCUCAGGUGGCGUGACGCAAAUGGAGUCGUUCCUGAACAAGUUCUUCCCGGAGGUGCUCCGCGGGAUGAGGAGCGCCAAGCGCGACGCCUACUGCAAGUACGACAACCAGCUGCUCACGGCGUUCACGUCGUCGAUGUACAUCGCCGGCAUGCUGGCGUCGCUGGUGGCGAGCGGCGUGACCAGGAGGGCCGGCCGCAAGGCCGUCAUGCUCGCCGGCGGCACCAUGUUCCUCGCCGGCUCCGUCAUCAACGCCGGGGCCGUCAACAUCGCCAUGCUCAUCAUUGGCAGGAUCCUGCUCGGCUUCGGUGUUGGCUUCACCGCGCAGGCGGCUCCCCUGUAUCUCGCCGAGACAUCACCGACCAGAUGGCGCGGCGCCUUCACCUCGGCCUACCAUAUCUUCCUCGUCGCCGGCACGCUGGCCGCCAAUGUCGCCAACUACUUCACCAACCGCAUCCCCGGCUGGGGCUGGCGCGUCUCCCUCGGCCUCGCCGCCGUGCCGGCCACCGUCAUCGUCCUGGGCGCCCUCUUCGUCUCCGACAGCCCCAGCAGCCUCCUGCUGCGCGGCGAGCCGGAGAAGGCCCGCGAGUCGCUCCAGCGCGUCCGCGGGCCCGACGCCCACGUGGAGGCCGAGUUCAAGGACAUCGCCCGCGCCGUCGAGGAGGCUCGCCGGAACGAGGAGGGCGCGUUCAGGAGGCUGCGCGGCAAGGGGUACCGGCACUACCUGGUGAUGGCGGUGGCCAUCCCCACGUUCUUCGACCUCACCGGCAUGAUCGUCAUCACCGUGUUCUCGCCGGUGCUGUUCCGGACGGUCGGGUUCGACAGCCAGAAGGCGGUCUUCGGCGCCGUCAUCAUCAGCCUUGUAAGCCUCUCCGGCGUCGUGCUGUCUACCGUCGUCGUGGACCGCUGCGGCCGCAGGUUCCUAUUCCUCGCCGGCGGCACCGCCAUGCUCAUUUUCCAGGUGGCCGUGUCAUGGAUACUGGCUGACCACCUCGGGAAGCACGGCGCGGCGACGAUGCCGCGGAACUACGCGGUGGGCGUGGUGGUGCUCAUGUGCCUGUACACCUUCAGCUUCAGCCUGUCGUGGGGCCCGCUCAAGUGGGUGGUCCCCAGUGAGAUCUACCCCGUGGACAUCAGGUCGGCGGGGCAGGCCGUCACCCUGUCCGUCGCGCUCACCCUCUCCUUCACGCAGACGCAGGUGUUCAUCUCCAUGCUCUGCGCCAUGAAGUACGCCAUCUUCCUCUUCUACUCCGGCUGGGUCCUGGCCAUGACGGUCUUCAUCGCCGCGUUCCUACCGGAGACGAAAGGCGUGCCGCUGGAGGCCAUGCGGUCGGUGUGGGCAGGGCACUGGUUCUGGAGGAGGUUCGUCGUCUUGGAUGCCAAGCAGGAGGUUCAGAUGAACCGCAUGUAACUAGAAUCAUAUCAUAUAGCAUCCUACAGCUAAGACAGUGAAAAGUGGAAUUAAUUACUAUUGUCAUGAUGUGUGCAUGUAUAUGUUACGCUCUCAGUC